AUGGGAUGCUGUUUGUAUACAAGUACACAUGAACCUGUUCAAGAAAAUAAUUACUAAAUAAUUAUGCCUAAGAGUGUUACAUAUUUGAAAGUAUUAAAAUCAUAAAAAUCAUCUUGUCUAUAUGAAUGUGGUAAACACUAAUAUAUUUAUUAUCUUCAUCCAUACAGCAAUUUUAGCAUUGAGAUUUUAGAACUUCUUCUUGAUAGGGGUUUUGUAAGAAAUGCUAAAUAUUUUCGAAAAUAUAAUCAUCAUAAUUCUUGUUGUUUAGGUUAUAAUUCUAGAGUUAAUGUAUAAGAAAAUUUACCAACAAAAAAAUAGAAAACUAUAAUUAAUAAUUUUAUUGAUGAUGUUAUAAAAAAAUAUCCUAAUUUAGAUUUCAAAGAGAAAAGUAAAUUAAAUAAGGAAGAUAAUUAACCAUAAUAAGUAAUCAAUAAAUAACUUAAAUAAUAAUCGAAAAAAGUUUAGAAAAUUGUAAAUUUAGAAGAUGUUCAAGAAUUGAUGAAUGAAAUAUAGAUAAUACUCAUUUCUUGUUGUAAAAUGAUAAAUGAAGAGAUCGAUUAGAAUUUAAAUUUUGAGAUUGUAAAUUAAUAUCAAUUAAAAAUAUUUGAAAAUGAUGAUGAUCUUGGUUAUUAUACUAAUCAUAAUUUAAUAUUGUAUGAUCAAAAUAUAAAAUUAUUAAAAUCUAAAUAGAUAGUCUAAUAAUAAUUUAAUAAAAUGUUAGGUAUAAAAUUAAAUGAAAAAGUUAUAAUGAAAGAAUACAAACUUUUAUAAAAUAAAGAUGGUUAUUUUAAUAUAUUAAAAAUUGGGAGGGAAUAAUAAUAAAGAAAAAAGGAGGGGAAUAAGAAAUAAUAAAAUAAUGAAGGAAAAAAAAAAGAGAAAUAAGAAAAAGGAUAAGUAAAAGAAGUUUUGAAUUAAAUUAAUGUGAUAGAUGAUUAGAGUUUUACAUUGAAUGAUUUUAAAAUAGGUGAUAUGACAAUAAAAAUAGUGUAUAAUAUAUGUAUGAUAAUAAAAUUAGAGAUCCUUACUAAAGUGAAGAAAAUGUAACACUUUAUCUGAAUUAUAUGGCUUAAGUUCAUAAUUCAUAAUCUUCUUUAGAGAGUUUUACAAAUUAUUACGCAACAAGAAUUAUAUUGGCUGAUUAGUGUAUAUAAAAUAAAAGCUAGAAUGUAAAAUUAAUUUUAGGGUAAAGAUUUAUGGAAUACCAAAUAAAGGGUAAAUUAAUUGGUUGUGGAGUAAUUGAAUUAACAAAAACUUAAUUAUUGUCUGAAUAUUUAUUUUAUGAUCCUAGUUUGAAACCUUAUAGUUUUGGAGUAUUUGCUGCUUUUGUAGAAAUGGAAUAUGUGAGAAGGGUGUAAAAGUAUUUUCCAAAUUUUAAAUAUUCAUCUUUGAGUUAUAUUAUAUCAACAUGUUAAGCAAUGAAUUAUAAAUUAUAAUUCAAAGGAUUAGAAAUAUAAUGUCCUGAUUCAUAUGUUUGGAUGAAAUAUAAUAAGGAAAUAAAAAAACUAAUGAAAAGCAAUACAUCUAGAUUGAAUAAGGAUGUAUUGAUUAAAAUGAAUAAAACCUAUGAUUUAAAGGAAUGUUAGAUAUAUACUUAAAACAAUUAUUAUUAAUUAUCUUAAUUAGAUUAGGAGAAAUAAAAUUAGAUAAUUUGGAUUUUAAAUUAGAAUAUAGAUGUGUUAGGAGAAGAUUUAAUAAAGGGGUUGACUUUUUUGUAUUGA